AUGUACGGGCUAUAUGUAUUCGGCGCGACCUUUUUGUUGGCUCUGUACCGACUGAUAAUAUGGCCUGUUGCUAAAUACUUCAUCGAUCAUAAGGGGCUCCGCAAAUACCCCAAUAUGACAUUUUGGUCCGGCAUCAGCGAUGUACCCUUCAUGCUGGAAGCAGCGAAGGGUUACCGGUGCGGACGCCUCGCAGAGCUACACAAGGUGCAUCCGGUCAUUCGCAUUGGACCAGAAUCGCUUUCUUACGGCGACUUAAAAGCGAUUAAGGACAUUUACGGACACGGGACGAAAUGUCUCAAAGGAGACUUCUACGCCGUUACAGCGGGGACGCACUUCCACGUUGCGGAUGUUGCGGAUAAAAAGGAGCAUCAACGCAAGCGAAGAGUUCUAUCUAGCGCCUACGCCAUCAAGCAUUUGGAAGGUUGGGAGUUCAAGGUCGUGGACAAAGUAGAGCGACUUUUCAAGCAAUUUGACGCACGUUGCACUUCCCCGAUUGAAGAUAAAUGUGCGCCUAAUCCGAUUGACUUUAAUGUUGAAUUCCGAACCUGGGUGAACUUCUUCACCAUGGAAGCUAUCGUUGAUAUUGGCUUGAGCAACAUUCUUGGCUUUUUGGAUCGGGGAGAUGAUGAAACAAUUGCAGAGACGCUAAGUGGCACAUUGCAUUCGGCCAGUUAUCGCGAUAGCAUUCACAGCUUACUCACAGCUCAGUCACAUCUUGUCUGGGCAUAUGGGUGGUACAAGUCUUUAUGGAAGUGGGUGCCUCGCGUUUCGGCCAGGUACCGCCAACUAGUGCGGAAGGGCAAAGGUUUUGAAGGUAUCGUCAUGCAUCAAACCCGGAGAAGGCUAAAGCAAUAUCAGGCUGGAGAAAGCAUGGAUGACUUUUUCGAGGCAAUGAUGGAAACCAAUGAGGGUGUCCCUCAUCAACUUCCAUUCGGCGAAAUCUUCGCAGAGCUGAGCGUCAUGAUGAAUGCCGGUUCGGUCACAACCGCGAUCGCAAUCCAGAACGUUGUCUAUCUGCUUCUGCGCCAUCCGAGCGAGCUACGGAAGCUUCGGUUGGAGAUCGAUGGCGUUGUUGAUCCCGAUGAGGACAUCAUUCCUUAUGACAAACUGAAGGAUCUGCCAUAUCUGAGAGCAUGUUUGGAUGAAAGCAUGCGUCUGUUUCCUCCAACGUCGUUUGGCCUCCCCAGGAAAACCCCUCCGGGAGGUUGUGUCGUGCUGGGCGACUUCUUGCCCGGAAACACGCAUGUCUCGAUCUCCUCUUACGUCGCCCACCGAGACGAGAAAAUCUUCCCUGACGCGGAGACCUUCCGACCGGAACGCUGGCUUGGUGAACAAGGCAAGCAGCUCCAGCCCUACUUUAUUACUUUCAGUGCAGGAGCUCGGGGCUGCAUCGGCCGCAACAUUAGUUAUCUAGAGCAGACUGUUUUAGUCGCCUCUCUGAUCCACCGUUACGAAAUGGCUUUGCUUUCUCCAGAGUGGGAACUGGAACGGGUUGAACAUUUCAACCUGGUGCCGGAGAAGAUGCCAGUCAAGCUCUGGCGGCGUGUCAUCGAAUGA